ACGUGUCGGGCACUUUAGCAUUAGCUUCCAGCAUACACAUGGACUUGUAAUUCAUGGGUCGUACCUAAUGAGCAAGCGAGUGGGAAGCUAAAAAAAAAAGAUAUUUAUAUAUAAACAGAUAUAUUUAUAAUCGAAAGAAAGUGGAAAACUCAUAUACGCACACACAGAAAUAUAUAUAUAUUAAACAUACAGUCUAAAACUACGUUUUUUCACGAAAUACCAUGGAUCUCGAGGAGAGAAAAAUACGGGCUAAACCGCCCAGGAAAAACUUAAACAGAGAUGACGUGGGCAACCAGGCGCGGUGUUUGCUGAACCAGUUCAUCCAUGACAGAAUGGAAAAUGAAGGCUUUGAAAAUCCUCUGCAAGAGUCCAACCUCAUCGAACCAGACACACCAACAGGUCCACCGAUGUCUCAGCUAGAAGAAAUAGGACGUGCUCUACGGUGUAUUGGUGACGAAUUAGAUGGAGACCAAAGACUGCAAGAUUUGGUAUCAAGAAUAGAGCCUGAAGAUAUUCCCAAUACAUUUCUCAAUGUUGCCAGUGCUAUUGUCUCUGUAAACCUUACUUGGGAUAUAGUGGUUCGGUUCUUUUACUUUGCCUACAAAAUGGCCAUCAAGGCAUUGGACCGGAUUCCUUUAAUCCGAGCCAUCAUCAACUUAGUUAUUAAUUUUAUAGUAGACAAUCUUGCUGAUUGGAUUCUAUCUCGAGGUGGAUGGGAAGCCAUUGUGGAAUAUUUUGGCACCCCAAAGAGGCAAGCCUUUGGCGUUUUAAUAGCCGGUGUUCUUAUCAGUGUUGGCGUCUAUGCGUGGAAGAGUAUUGGUAAUUAAAAAUGAGUUAAUCCAUUGAACAAAAAAAAAAAAAAAAUUCUAAAAUUUGGUCAGUACGAUACACAAGAAUUAAAGAAAAAAAUGACAAUAAUGGAACAGGAAAGAAAAAAAAAUGAAGCUAAAAGCAAACUUGUCCCGUCUGUUCUCUCGGUGGUUUGCACAAGAAAUUAAUUCAUUGUUUUUUUACUUGUAAUUUAUUUUAAUUUUUCUUUGUUUUUUUUUCCUUUCCUUCCACUUCCAA